CGAGGCCGGGACUUCAGGACAGGGAACCCGGGGCCCUCGCCGCAGCCCCCACUCCAUGGAGGAGAGUUUUCUCGAAUCCUUUGGGAGGCUGAGCCUCCAGCAGAAGAAGACUCGGCCGUCGGCCCCGCCGCCCCCGUGUGGGACACCCCCACGCCGCCACAGCUUUAGGAAACACCUCUACCUCCUGCGAGGCCUCCCGGGCUCGGGGAAAACCACGCUGGCCAGACAACUGCAACACGACUUUCCCAGGGCCCUGAUUUUCAGCACGGAUGACUUUUUCUUCACGGAAGAUGGUGCCUAUGAGUUCAAUCCAGACUUCCUAGAGGAGGCUCAUGAAUGGAACCAGAAAAGAGCAAGAAAAGCAAUGAGGAAUGGCAUAUCCCCCAUAAUUAUUGAUAAUACCAACCUCCACGCCUGGGAAAUGAAGCCCUAUGCAGUCAUGGCACUUGAAAAUAACUAUGAAGUUAUAUUCCGAGAACCUGAGACUCGCUGGAAAUUCAACGUGCAAGAGUUAGCCAGAAGAAACAUUCAUGGAGUCCCAAGAGAAAAAAUACACCGAAUGAAAGAACGGUAUGAGCACGGUGUUACCUUUCAUAGCGUGCUUCACGCAGAAAAACCAAGCAGAGUGAACAGAAGCCAGGACAGGAGCGGUGCGUCGCCUUCCAGCGGGUCAGGAUACUGGAAUGCCUACGCCGAGUUCCCAAGCCGCAGGGCUCCAGGGGGCUUCACACACCAGAGCUCCUUUAACAGAAGGGGGCGUUGUCACAACGGAUAUUAGAGGCUGAUCUCACAGGCAUUCAGAGUUUUCCUAAAUCAGAUUUUACUUCAAUUUUUGGUAUUUAUUCUAUGUUCAGUUUUAGUCAGAGCUCGAAUUCCAGUGUAAAUAGUGGAGCCUGAACGUUUCUGAGCAGACGUCAUCGUAGUCAUCUUCCACAGGCAUUUGUUAAGUGGUCCUCUAUGCGUGGUCUCGUGCUGGGAGUUCUGCAGCUUGGGUUAAACCACGUCACCCUCUCUAGGGAAAGAAUUAAUUUGAAGCUGAAACCUGAGAAACGUACCCAAGAGUGUAAUCAGUUAGUCACAUAGGUUCAUAAAUAAAAUAAAAUGUUUAUAGUAUAUAUAAGCUUCAGUACCACUUUGUCUGAAGUAAUCUAUUUUUUCAGGAAUUCAUCUCCAGCAGCCAAGUUGGAAAGGUGGGGGGAUUGAGAGGCAGGAAAGGUUUUAGUGCCAUUGCUACUUUUUAAAUCUGUGUAUCAAAAAAUGUGAGAUGUGUGGCUGCAAUGAUAUUGAUUUUCCUUUAAAAUGAAUAUGCUAAAAAGUAUAUAUCUAAGGGAAUAGUGUCCUUCAAAGUAGACACUUGGGGAAAUUAUUCCUUUAUUCUAGUGACGUAUCGCUGUUAAAAAUGUCUGUCGAAUCCUUCUUAAUAGCUAUACAAGCUCCUGAGGAAAAUCGGUGUCAUUACUUGGUCACUAUUUAUAGUUUUAUGUUUUAACUACCACUCUAUUGAACAGGAUUAAACCUGAAUAGCUUUUGGCUAUUGUGCUAAUAGUAUACAUAAAACAAGCCUCCUUUAUAAAACAUCAAUUUUUGAGACAAAUCAUUAAGCGACUUUUAAAAUUUUGCUUAUAAAUGUAAUUAGUUGGCAGCCCUGAUGUUUGGGAGUACAAGGAAUUAAGCACCCCAGGACAUAGGCCAUAGAUGGAUAUGUGAAAGUCAUGCUCACUAUCAGAUGAGCAGCUCAGUGUUUUGUGACAGUACUUACGACAGUGACGUUCUGCCACAACUCUGGAUGUCCCUCAUACCCGUGCUGGAUCUGUGCAUCCAAACGGACUCUCAACAGGUUGGAAUCAGAUUAAUUUUGUGUCAGACCUUGAUAGAUAAGACCAUGUAGGAUGUGUGCUUUAUUUCUUGUCGGCCAACAGCUUCUCGCUAAUGUUCUGUGAAGUAUUAUUUUAAGUGUCUUAUAUAAUGGUGCUUUUAUGGUUAUUAAAAAUUAUAGUA